AGAACCUUGCGAACGUAAGUGAGAAGUGUGCGUCGCUCAGACUCUGUGAUUUUCAUUUUUUUUUUCUAAUUGUGUGCACAACACGCGCUUUUAUGGAUACUUUUUAAUGGACUGUGUUGAGAGUGGCUUUGAAGUGACUUGUGCCAUCAUCAAACGUGCAGUUGAUUAGGCUACCACACAAUCACCCUCACAAGUCAUACUAGCUUUCGUUUUGUCACUUUUGUGGAAGUGUUUGUGUAUUCAGUCAUUUUCGGGACGACCUGUAGAGAAAGGCUCUAGGGCUGUAUUUACGUGUCUCGAAGCCCCUCUAAGUCCGUUGCCAAGAUGCCUAAAGCACCAGCAGGUCAAGAAGACGAAGAUCCAACCCCAUACUUGUUCGUAUCUCUCGAACAGAAACGUAUUGACCAGACUAAGCCCUAUGAUGCCAAGAAAUCAUGCUGGGUACCGGACGAGAAGGAAGGUUUUGUCCUUGGAGAGAUCAAGGGUACCAAAGGAGACCUUGUCACCGUUGGUGUUCCUGGAGGAGAGACCAAGGACUUCAAGAAGGAGCAAGUAACUCAAGUCAACCCACCUAAGUACGAAAAAGCCGAGGAUAUGUCAAACUUGACAUACCUCAACGAUGCUUCAGUUUUACAUAACUUGAAGCAAAGAUAUUAUGCUAAGCUUAUCUAUACCUACUCAGGGCUUUUCUGUGUUGCUAUUAACCCCUACAAGCGUUUCCCUGUAUAUACCAACCGUUGUGCCAAGUUAUACCGUGGUAAAAGGCGUAAUGAAGUACCACCACACAUCUUCGCCAUUUCUGAUGGUGCUUAUGUCAACAUGUUGACCAACAAUGAAAAUCAAUCUAUGUUGAUUACUGGUGAGUCUGGUGCUGGUAAAACUGAAAACACGAAAAAGGUAAUUGCCUACUUCGCCACCGUUGGUGCUUCAUCCAAGAAGCCCACUGAAGAAGAAAAGAAGAAGGGUACUCUUGAAGAUCAAGUUGUACAAACUAACCCUGUACUUGAAGCUUUCGGUAACGCCAAGACAGUGCGUAACGACAACUCUUCUCGUUUCGGUAAAUUCAUCCGUAUUCACUUCGGUCCUACUGGUAAACUUGCUGGUGCUGAUAUUGAAACUUAUCUACUUGAGAAGGCUCGUGUCAUCUCCCAGCAAACUCUUGAAAGAUCUUACCACAUUUUCUACCAGAUGAUGUCUGGUGCCGUUCCUGGACUUAAAGAACAAUGCUUACUUAGUAAUGACGUGUACGACUACUUCUUCGUCUCCCAGGGUAAAACAUCAAUUCCUGGAGUAGAUGACAAUGAAGAAUUGACAUUGACUGAUCAAGCUUUCGAUGUACUUGGUUUCACCCAAGAAGAAAAAGACAACAUCUACAAGAUCACUGCCUCUGUUAUGCACAUGGGUUGCAUGAAAUUCAAGCAAAGGGGUCGUGAAGAACAGGCUGAACCAGAUGGCACAGAAGGAGGUGAACAAGUUGCCAAACUUCUGGGUAUUGACCAAAAUGCCUUGUACCAAGCUUUGUGCAAACCAAGAAUCAAAGUCGGUAACGAGUUCGUCACCCAAGGUCGUAAUGUCAACCAAGUAUCAUACUCCGUUGGUGCCAUGUCAAAGGCCAUGUUUGACAGGCUCUUCAAGUUCUUGGUCAAGAAGUGUAACGAAACUCUUGACACAAAACAAAAGAGACAACACUUCAUUGGUGUACUUGAUAUUGCAGGUUUUGAAAUCUUCGAUUUCAAUGGAUUUGAACAACUUUGCAUCAACUUCACCAAUGAGAAAUUGCAACAAUUCUUUAACCACCACAUGUUUGUGUUGGAACAAGAAGAAUACCAAAGAGAAGGAAUUGAAUGGGCUUUCAUUGAUUUUGGCAUGGAUUUGUUAGCCUGUAUCGAACUUAUCGAAAAGCCUAUGGGUAUCCUCUCCAUCCUUGAAGAAGAAUCUAUGUUCCCCAAAGCUACUGACAGGACCUUUGAAGAAAAGUUGAACACCAACCACUUGGGUAAAUCACCCAACUUCUUGAAACCAAAACCACCAAAGCCUGGUCAGCAAGCUGCCCACUUCGCCAUUGGGCAUUAUGCUGGUAAUGUACCAUACAACAUCACCGGUUGGUUGGAAAAGAACAAGGACCCCUUGAACGACACUGUUGUCGAUCUCUACAAGAAGGGUACCAAUAAACUGUUGGUAGAAAUCUUCGCUGAUCACCCAGGUCAAUCUGGUAGCGCAGCUGAUGCUAAAGGUGGACGUGGUAAGAAGGGAGGUGGUUUUGCUACUGUAUCUUCUGCCUACAAGGAACAAUUGAACAACUUGAUGACCACCUUGAGAUCUACCCAACCUCACUUCGUACGUUGUAUCAUUCCCAAUGAAAUGAAACAACCUGGAGUCAUUGAUUCUCACUUGGUUAUGCACCAGUUGACUUGUAACGGUGUACUUGAAGGUAUCCGUAUCUGUAGGAAAGGUUUCCCCAACAGGAUGGUCUACCCUGACUUCAAACUACGUUAUAAAAUCUUGAACCCAGCCGCUGUUACUAAGGAAUCCGAUCCCAAGAAGUGUGCUGGACACAUUUUGGAUGCUACGGGUCUUGACCCUGAAAAUUACCGUCUAGGACACACCAAGGUAUUCUUCCGUGCUGGAGUCUUGGGUCAGAUGGAAGAACUACGUGACGAACGUCUUGGAAAGAUUGUCACCUGGAUGCAAUCUUGGGCUCGUGGUUACUUGUCCAGGAAGGAGUUCAAGAAACUACAAGAGCAACGUUUGGCUCUCCAAGUUUGCCAGAGGAACUUGCGCAAAUACCUAAAGUUGCGCACAUGGCCAUGGUACAAACUCUGGCAGAAGGUCAGACCACUCCUCAACGUCACCCGUAUCGAGGAUGAGAUUGCUAAACUGGAAGAGAAGGCAAAGAAGGCUGAAGAAGCUUAUGAACGUGAAUCCAAAGCCAAGAAGGAGCUCGAGGGUCUUUACUCCAAACUUUUGGCUGAAAAGACUGAGCUCUUGAACUCUUUGGAAGGAGAGAAGGGAUCUCUUUCUGAAACUCAAGAAAGGGCCAACAAAUUGCAAGCCCAGAAGAACGACUUGGAAUCUCAACUCCAGGAAACUCAAGACCGUUUGAGCCAAGAAGAGGAUGCCCGCAACCAACUUAACCAACAAAAGAAGAAGUUGGAACAAGAAAUUGGCGGUUACAAGAAGGACGUUGAAGACUUGGAACUCAAUCUCCAAAAGGCUGAACAAGACAAAGCCACUAAGGAACACCAAAUCAGAAACUUGAACGAUGAAAUCGCUCACCAAGACGAGCUCAUCAACAAGUUGAACAAAGAGAAGAAACUUUCUGGAGAAAACAACCAGAAGAUCUCUGAGGAACUCCAAGCUGCCGAAGACAAAGUCAACCAUCUCAACAAGGUUAAAGCCAAAUUGGAACAAACCUUGGACGAGCUUGAAGACUCCCUCGAAAGAGAGAAGAAACUUCGUGGAGAUGUUGAGAAAUCCAAGAGGAAGGUUGAAGGUGACUUGAAACUCACCCAAGAAGCUGUCGCUGACUUGGAACGCAACAAGAAGGAACUCGAACAGACCAUCCAACGCAAAGACAAGGAAAUCUCAUCCCUCACUGCCAAACUGGAGGACGAACAAUCCGUUGUUGGAAAACUCCAGAAACAAAUCAAGGAACUCCAAUCUCGCAUCGAAGAAUUGGAAGAGGAAGUCGAAGCUGAACGUCAAGCUCGUGCCAAGGCUGAAAAACAACGUGCUGAUUUGGCCAGAGAAUUGGAAGAACUUGGUGAGCGUUUGGAAGAAGCUGGUGGUGCCACUUCUGCCCAAAUCGAACUCAACAAGAAACGUGAGGCUGAACUCGCCAAGCUCCGCAGGGAUCUUGAGGAAUCCAACAUCCAACACGAAAGCACUCUCGCCAACCUUCGCAAGAAGCACAACGAUGCUGUUUCCGAAAUGGGUGAACAAAUCGACCAACUCAACAAACUCAAGGCAAAGGCUGAAAAAGAGAAGGCUCAAUACUUCGGCGAACUCAACGACUUACGUGCAUCUGUGGACCAUUUGGCUAACGAAAAGGCUGCUGUUGAAAAGGUAUCCAAACAACUCUCUCAACAACUCAACGACGUUCAGGCUAAACUUGAUGAAACCAACCGUACCCUCAAUGACUUCGACGCUGCCAAGAAGAAGUUGUCCAUCGAGAACUCUGACUUGCUCAGACAACUCGAGGAAGCCGAAUCUCAAGUUUCUCAACUCAGCAAGAUCAAGGUAUCACUCACCACUCAAUUGGAAGACACCAAGAGGUUAGCCGAUGAAGAAGGUCGCGAACGUGCCACACUCCUUGGCAAAUUCCGUAAUCUUGAACACGACUUGGACAACAUCCGUGAACAAGUUGAGGAAGAAGCUGAAGCUAAGGCUGACAUCCAACGUCAACUCAGCAAAGCCAACGCUGAAGCCCAAUUGUGGAGACAGAAAUACGAAUCUGAAGGUAUCGCCCGCUCUGAAGAACUUGAAGAAGCUAAGAGGAAACUCCAAGCUCGUUUGGCUGAAGCUGAAGAGACCAUCGAAUCACUCAACCAGAAAGUCGUUGCCCUCGAGAAGACCAAACAGAGAUUGGCUACUGAAGUCGAAGAUCUCCAACUCGAAGUCGACCGUGCCAACGCAAUUGCCAAUGCUGCUGAAAAGAAACAGAAGGCAUUCGACAAAAUCAUUGGAGAAUGGAAACUCAAGGUUGACGACCUUGCUGCUGAACUUGACGCCAGCCAGAAGGAAUGCAGAAACUACUCCACCGAAUUGUUCAGACUCAAGGGAGCUUACGAAGAAGGACAAGAACAAUUGGAAGCUGUCAGACGUGAAAACAAGAACUUGGCUGAUGAAGUCAAGGACCUUCUUGACCAAAUCGGCGAAGGUGGACGCAACAUCCAUGAAAUCGAAAAGGCCAGGAAACGUUUGGAAGCUGAAAAGGACGAAUUACAAGCCGCUCUCGAAGAAGCUGAAGCCGCUCUUGAACAGGAAGAAAACAAGGUACUCCGUGCCCAAUUGGAACUCUCUCAAGUACGUCAAGAAAUCGACCGCCGCAUCCAAGAGAAAGAGGAGGAAUUCGAAAACACCAGGAAGAACCACCAACGUGCCCUCGACUCCAUGCAAGCUUCCCUCGAGGCUGAAGCCAAGGGUAAAGCUGAGGCCCUUCGCAUGAAGAAGAAGUUGGAAGCCGACAUCAACGAACUCGAAAUUGCAUUGGACCACGCCAACAAGGCUAAUGCUGAGGCCCAAAAGACCAUCAAACGCUACCAACAACAACUCAAGGAUACCCAGACUGCCCUCGAAGAAGAACAACGUGCACGUGACGAAGCCCGUGAACAACUUGGAAUCUCUGAACGUCGUGCUAAUGCUCUUCAGAACGAACUUGAAGAAUCUCGCACACUUUUGGAACAAGCUGACCGUGCCAGACGUCAAGCUGAACAAGAAUUGGGAGAUGCCCAUGAACAACUCAACGACCUCUCCGCCCAGAACUCAUCCUUGUCUGCUGCCAAGAGGAAACUCGAAAGCGAACUCCAAACCCUCCACUCCGACCUCGACGAACUUCUCAACGAAGCCAAGAACUCCGAAGAGAAGGCCAAGAAGGCUAUGGUUGAUGCUGCCCGUCUAGCUGAUGAACUCAGAGCCGAACAAGACCACGCUCAAACUCAAGAAAAACUCCGCAAGGCCCUCGAAACACAAAUCAAGGACCUCCAAGUUCGUCUUGAUGAAGCCGAGGCCAAUGCCCUUAAGGGAGGAAAGAAGGCCAUCCAGAAAUUGGAACAACGUGUCAGAGAAUUGGAGAACGAAUUAGACGGAGAACAGAGGAGACACGCUGACGCCCAGAAGAACCUCAGGAAGUCCGAGAGACGUAUCAAGGAAUUGAGCUUCCAGGCUGAAGAAGACCGCAAGAACCACGAACGUAUGCAAGACUUGGUUGACAAACUCCAACAGAAGAUCAAGACCUACAAGAGGCAGAUCGAAGAAGCCGAAGAAAUUGCUGCCCUCAACUUGGCCAAAUUCCGCAAGGCACAACAGGAAUUGGAAGAAGCUGAAGAACGCGCUGAUCUUGCCGAACAAGCUAUUUCCAAAUUCAGAGCGAAGGGACGUGCCCCAUCUGUCACCAGAGGAGCCAGCCCAGCACCUCGCCAACGCGCCCUUGAUGGCUUAGGAGGAACCUUCCCACCUAGGUUCGACCUUGCAAAUGAAGAUUUUUAAAGUUAGGCACAGUGUUAAGUAAUUAAGGACUUUCCGCUAAACAUCCUACGCGUAAAUUUUUAGUUCUUUAAAGCAUACCUACAUUCUUUUUUUUAUUUUUUCUUUAUUCUGGAAAAUUCCGACGUUGAUGAAUGUGUACGGGACAAGGAGAAAAUGGGAGAAAAUGAGACACGUAUUUCCAUCUAUAAAAAGCCCUUUUGCUCUCCGCGUUUCUAGUACCAAAGAACGUAAUCAUAAACCGUAGGUUCGUUCAACAUGUAUUGUAUAUGUGUGAAUUGUAUGGAUUAAGGCACCAAUAAAAGAUUAUAUUGUUUCUGUAUUUAUUUACGAGUGUUUUUUGUCAUCCUUCCGUCAUCAUUCAUUUACACUCUGUAUUUAUUUUAAUGUUAAUUGUUAAUUAUUUAUGUAAAAUAAUAUAAACUAUAUUGGUAA